AUGCAGGCUGUUCAGCGAUAUUCUCUGCUACUCGCCGUAGGAAUUUUACUAUUAAUUCUCUAUUAUGGCUUGAAUACAAAUUUUAAAAAUGGAGGAAAGGUUCGGUCCUUGUUUACCCUUCGAAGGGAAAAUCUCAGAUCGUUUACCGAUUCUGAAGACUACAGUUUUGCUGAAGAUCUGCACAUGUCCCCAAAACAUCGACGUGAAAGGGCGUCAGAGUCGAAAAAGAGACAAAAAUGUCGAAUGGAAUCGUGUUUCGAUUUGUCAAGGUGUCGGAAAGAUUUCAAAGUAUACCUGUAUCCACUGGAGGAGAGGGUAUCGGAAACAUAUAGCAAACUGGUCUCGGCGAUCCAGGAAUCGAGAUACUAUACCACCGAUCCGCAAGAAGCAUGCGUGUUUGUGUUAUCUAUAGACACAAUAGAUAGAGAUGUACUUAGUCAAGAUUAUUCUAAAAAUAUUCAAGCUAGAAUUGAACAAUUAGAACAUUGGAAUAAUGGAAGAAAUCAUAUUAUAUUUAAUCUGUAUUCAGGGACGUGGCCCGAUUAUACAGAAAAUUUGGAUUUCAAUAUUGGCGAUGCGAUGUUGGCUAAAGCCAGUAUGUCGGUGCAUAAGUUCCGUCAUGGGUUUGAUAUUUCGUUUCCUCUCAUUGGUAAAGACCACCCGCAAAAGGGUGGAGAGAGAGGUCAUGUGUACAGUUCAUCAAACAACAUUCCUCCAUUCCGUCAUUACUUAUUAGGAUUUAAAGGAAAACGUUAUUUAACGGGGAUAGGAUCAGAAACAAGAAAUUCUUUAUAUCAUAUUCAUAAUGGAGAGGAUAUAGUGUUGUUGACUACAUGUCGACAUGGAAAGAGUUGGCAGAAGAAAGCGACUGAAUUGAACGACACUAGAUGCGAGACUGACAACAUUGAAUAUGACAGAACUGAUUAUAAAAAGCUGUUAUACAAUGCUACAUUUUCACUUGUGCCAAGGGGGAGAAGGCUUGGUUCCUAUAGAUUUUUGGAAGCCCUGCAGGCAGGGAGCAUUCCAUUUUUACUGAGUAAUGGUUGGGAACUGCCAUUUUCUGAGGUGAUUGAUUGGAAAAAGUCUGUGAUAUGGGGAGAUGAAAGACUUUUACUACAGGUUCCUUCUAUUGUAAGAUCAGCGAAGCAGCCAGACAUUCUACAGUUGCGUCAGCAGACCCAGUUCUUGUGGGAAACUUACUUUUCUUCUGUAGAGAAAAUAGUAUCCACAACAUUAGAGAUCCUGAAGGACCGUGUGAGCCGGCAGAGUCGAUCUCCAUUGUUGUGGAACAACUUCCCAGGGGCUCUCGCAUUACUACCAGAAUAUUCUGAUACCCUCCAUCAGUACCCAUUCUUCUAUGGUCCCCUUGCCCACAAACCUGGCAACCUCUUCACAGCUGUAAUUUAUGCAACUUCUCGUGUCCAUCUGUCAUCCAGCCCGCUGUUUCGACUCAUCAGAACUAUUGCCAAGUCAUCCAAUGUUCAAAAGAUGAUUGUACUGUGGCAUUGUGACACUCCCCCUCCACAAACAAACAGGUGGCCAGGAGACCUCGGACAUAUCUCUGUCAUAGUUAAAACCAGGAACAUAACAUCAAUCAGUAACCGUUUUCAUCCAUAUCCUGAAAUUACAACUGAUGCUGUUUUUAGCUUUGAUGAGGAUAGCCUUUUAACAACAGAUGAAAUUGACUUCGCAUUUAGUGUGUGGAAGGAGUUCCCAGAUAGAAUUGUUGGCUACCCAGCCCGUGGCCAUUACUGGGACAGUGCACAGAAUCGCUGGAGUUACUCAUCUAAAUGGACUAAUGAAUAUUCAAUGAUUCUUACUGGUGCUGCUAUUUAUCAUAGGUAUUAUAAUUUUUUGUAUUCAAAUUUUCUAAGUAGUGCUUUUACGGAUAUUGUGGACCAAUCGCAAAAUUGUGAGGAUAUUCUCCUCAACUUCCUAGUCAGUCAUGUGACCAAACUUCCACCAAUCAAAGUGACACAUCGGAAGGUCUACAAAGAGUCAAUGCUGGCCAGUAGUUCUAAAUUAUCAACUUGGCUCCUGACAGACCACUUCACACAACGUAAAUUUUGUGUUGAUAACUUUGUUAAGUUAUUUGGGUACAUGCCCUUGGUUAGAUCCAAGGCUAGAAUGGACCCAUUGUUGUUCAAAGAUCCUGUGUCGAAUUUACGUAAGAAAUACAGACAGAUCGAAGUUGUAUGAUGAACUUACCUUAGGACGAGAUUGAAGAUAUUCCUCC